AACAGCUAGAAAAAGGGAGCCCCCUUCCUCCUCUGCUCUAGCUGUCGCAGCGUCUGCAAUCUCAGUCCCACCCGUUCUUCCUCCUCCUAGUCCUCGCCCCAACCUGGGAAGGCAACCAAGCCAGAGAGCACACGGCCAUGGAGAACGCCGGCGCGCUGCAGCUCCUCUCCGCCGCCGCCGCAGCUGUUGCCGUCGUGGUGGUGGUGGCACUCAGAUGGCUCCUCGCGAGGCGCGCGGCCGGGGGCUGGAAGCAGAGGCCGCGGCUGCCGCCGGGGAGCACGGGGCUUCCCCUGAUCGGCGAGACGCUGCGGCUGAUCUCAGCGUACAAGACGCCCGACCCGGAGCCGUUCAUCGACGAGCGGGUGGCGCGGCACGGGGGCGUCUUCACUACCCACGUCUUCGGCGAGCGCACCGUCUUCUCCGCCGACCCGGCCUUCAACCGCCUCCUCCUCGCCGCCGAGGGCCGCGCCGUCGACUGCAGCUACCCUUCCUCCAUCACCACGCUACUCGGCGCCCGCUCCUUGCUCCUCACCCGCGGCGCCGCCCACAAGCGCCUCCACUCGCUCACCCUCACCCGCCUCGGCCGCCCCGCCUCGCCGCCGCUCCUCGCGCACAUCGACCGCCUCGUGCUGGACACCAUGCGCCACUGGGAGCCCGCCGCCACCGUCCGCCUCCUCGACGAGGCCAAGAAGAUCACCUUCAAUCUCACCGUCAAGCAGCUCGUCAGCAUCGACCCCGGGCCCUGGACCGAGAGCCUCCGCCGCGAGUACGUCAAGCUCAUCGACGGCUUCUUCUCCAUCCCCUUCCCUUUCGCCUCGCUCCUCCCCUUCACCACCUAUGGCCAGGCCCUCAAGUCGAGGAAGAAGGUUGCCGGAGCGCUGCGUGAAGUGAUAAGGAAGAGGAUGGAGGAGAGAGGGGAAGAGAGUGGGGCGACGGAGGAGGCGGAGUCCAAGAGGGAGAAGAAGGACAUGGUGGAGGAGCUUCUUCAAGCGGAGGGUGGGAGCUUCUCGGAGGAGGAGAUGGUGGACUUCUGCCUGUCCCUGCUGGUUGCCGGGUACGAGACCACGUCCGUCCUCAUGACCGUCGCCGUCAAGUUCCUCACCGAGACGCCGGCGGCGCUGGCUCAGCUCAAGGAAGAGCACGAAAAUAUGACCAACAUGAAAGGCGAAAACCAACCUCUAGAGUGGAGCGAUUACAAGUCAAUGACAUUCACCCAAUGUGUGAUUAACGAGACACUCCGUGUGGCUAACAUUAUUAGUGGGGUGUUCAGGCGAGCAAACACUGAUAUUCAUUUUAAAGGCUACACUAUUCCGAAGGGCUGUAAAAUUUUCGCUUCAUUCCGAGCUGUGCACCUCAAUAACGAUCACUAUGAGAAUGCCCGGACAUUUGACCCUUGGAGAUGGCAGAGCAACCACAAACUUCAGAAUGAGGUAGGGGCCAACUUAUUUACUCCCUUCGGAGGUGGACCUCGGUUGUGCCCAGGCUAUGAGCUUGCCCGGGUUGUCAUCUCUGUUUUCCUCCAUCAUCUCGUAAUGCGCUUUAGCUGGGAAGCGGCUGAGGAAGAUAGGCUUGUCUUCUUUCCCACCACACGAACCCUGAAAGGAUAUCCUAUCAACCUCAGGCAGCGAUCGUAAUCCACUCGGUUACCUCCACCUUGGUGCUCUUAUCUUGAAAGCAAAAAAGUUAAACAUAGAUGAAGGAAGAGAACAAAAAUCAGCAAUAGCCUAGUCUACUUGUGCUCUGUUAGUUUCUAUGCUCUGAAAUGAAAUCUGGUACACAAGAGCAAAGUUGUGCUGCUUGUAAAAUAUGUGGCCUAAACUGUUAUUGUGUACUGAUGUUACAAUUGACGUUCUGUUUUGUCGUGCAUUUGGCUGUCCUGAAUGAUGAGAUGUACUGCAAUGUUAACGACAAGAUGCGUUGUUAGAAAAGAGAGGAUAAAUGGCAUCUCCUGGUUAAAA